GAAGGGAAAAAAGAAGAGAAAAAUAUACCCGCUUGCAAUAAACUCUGCAGAAGAGAGAAAAAGAGAGGGAACUCAAAAACGCUUGACUAUAGGAGACACUGGCAAAGUUGGGGUGAGGAGGAACACAAAGGCAAGCGAAAAAGCUCUUCUACUCCUAAGAUCCGUUUUGGUGUAUACACCCAGCAAUUAAGGAAGAAAAAUAAAUUUUAACACACUGUUUUGUGUAUCAGAAGUUUUUGAUUGGCUCUUCCUUAUGUCCAGAUGUACCCGUUGUGCUGUAAUAUGCAUCUGCACUUUUGACGACUAGAAAAUGAAUGCCUCAGUGGUGAGGAAAAAGAUACAAAAGAAAUUCAAGAUUAGAGGAUAUACACUAAAAGUGGAUGCUCUUGAAGAGAUACUGUCCUUCGUCAGCCGGUUCCAAGAAGCUGAAGAUGAGGCCAUCGAUCUCCUCCUGGACCAUCUUCAAUAUGAAUCACAGAAAGUGGGAGUGAAAUCUUCCAUAAUUGACAAGGAGCCUAUACAUCGUCUUGUAAGUGGUUUAUUGGAAGCUGAUGAUGCAGUUGAGCAAGGCCCAAGUGACAAUGUUUCUUCUCAUUCUGCUAUUCGUGUGAUUGAUGCCUUCUUAAUCCCCAAAUUUCACUUUGAUCCCAUCAAGAAGCAAUUUUAUCAGCAUACAGGGGGGCUAUCUAUUCAUGGUGAAUCUUCAGCAAAAGCUGCUCUCUACAAAGAUAGGUAUCUGUUGCUCUUCCAGAGAAUUUCUCGUGAUCAGCAUUUUUCCAAGCCUGCAUUCGACACAGGAAUGUCACAGUAUGGAAGCUGUGAGAUAGCUCCAAUUCAAUCUUUGGUUGGGCAAACAGGAAAACGUUGGGUCAUGGGUGUGAUAUCUCAGUUGGAGGAUGGUCAUUUCUACUUGGAGGAUCUUACUGCAUCAGUAGAAAUCAAUUUGACCAAAGCAAAAAUAACUACAGGGUUCUUAUCAGAAAAUACAAUAGUAGUUGCAGAAGGUGAGAUGCUCUUGGAUGGCAUUUUUCAGGUAUAUACGUGUGGCUUUCCUCCAUUAGAGGAAAGAGAUAAGUCAAUGAAAUUACUUGAGCAACAUGAUUUCUUUGGUGGCGGUAGUUUAACAAAAGAGGAGACUCUAAGACUUGCAGAGCUGGAAAAAGGAGCUGUUAAUGACAUGUUUGUCAUACUCUCAGACAUUUGGCUAGACAAUGAAGAGGCUAUGGGAAAGCUGGAGACAGUACUUGAUGGCUUUGAGGUUCAAGAAGUAGUUCCUUCCUUAUUUGUUUUCAUGGGAAAUUUUUGUUCUCAUCCAUGCAAUCUUUCCUUUCAUUCAUUUUCAAGUCUCAGGUUACAGUUCGAAAACCUAGGGAAAUUGAUUGCAGCACAUCCAAGGCUAAAAGAGCAUAGUCGGUUUCUCUUUAUUCCAGGUCCUGAUGAUGCAGGUCCAUCAACAGUUCUACCCCGCUGCUCUUUACCGAAGUAUCUAACUGAAGGGCUUCAGAAGCAUAUUCCAAACGCCAUAUUUUCAAGUAAUCCUUGCAGGGUCAAGUUCUAUACUCAAGAAAUCGUAUUUUUUCGCUAUGAUCUGCUGUAUAGGAUGCGUCGGUCAUGCUUGAUGCCUCCUUCUACAGAAGAAACUGCUGAUCCCUUUGAACAUCUGGUAGCUACCAUAACCCAUCAAAGUCAUCUCUGCCCACUGCCUCUUGUCGUUCAACCAAUUAUCUGGAAUUAUGAUCACAGUCUCCAUCUUUAUCCAUCUCCUCACACGAUUGUUUUAGGGGACAAAAGUGAGCAGAAAGCAUUCAAAUACACAGGAAUUACUUGCUUCAACCCUGGAUCCUUCUCAAAUGACAACACUUUUGUAGCAUAUCGUCCUUGCACUCAAGAAGUUGAGUUUUCAGCCUUGUGAGUAUAUCAGAAAAAUGAUUCGAAUGUUCUAAAUGGGAAGUUGGAAUUCUACCUUGGCUCCUAGUCAUUUAAGAGAAUGAUCCUGACUAGAGUUUCUAACUAGUUCUUGCUAAUUUACCCACCAAUCACUUGUGAUAUUUUCUAGGCAGUUGAUUACUUCGGUAAAAAUAUAGGUAGUAAAAUUUUUUUGGUAAAAAUAGUUUUGUUUAUUUGAUGAUAAAAUUAUCCUGUGCCAAUAUGUAUUUCCAAUCUUAUAUUCCUUUGUAAUGAACAUCAUUAGUGUAUUAAUAUAUAUUCAUGAUUUUUAUUA